CAUUUAAAAUAAUAAAUUUUAUUUCUCACUGCAAAUAUCGAAGAUUUAUGAAAGAAGGGGUAAAAAAAAAAAGAAAAAAAAAGAAAAUGAAAAAGGAAACGCAAGACACUGGCGAGUUGAGCGCGAAACGAAACAAGAGAGUAGAAGAUAACGUUGAGCACUCUAAUUUCUGACUGCAGAAAGCUUCGAGAGAGAGUGAGAAUAGGCUCCAAAUGGGUACUCUUCUCAAGUGCUACAAACCCUUGAUUCUAAUUCGUCGUCCGUCUCUAUUCUCUUUUCUCCCACAAAGGCCGUUUCACAUCCACCAUCGCAGACUCUUCAUCGUCAACAACAGUACCAGUAGUACUACUAGGGUUUGUUGUUCCAGUUCAGUGGGGCAAUCUCAGGCUUCGAUCCAUGAGAGAAGUUGUAGAGACAUUGACGGUCAUAAACCGGAGCACAAAUCUUCUUCCUCUUCAGAGCUAUGGUUGUACAAUACAAUGAGCAAACAAAAGGAAUUGUUUAAGCCAAAGGUUCAGGGUAAAGUCGGCAUGUAUGUGUGCGGCGUCACCGCCUACGAUCUCAGCCACAUCGGCCAUGCUCGUGUCUAUGUUUGCUUCGACGUCCUUUACAGAUACCUUAAGCACUUGGGAUAUGAAGUGAAUUAUGUACGCAAUUUCACUGAUGUUGAUGACAAGAUUAUUGCCAGAGCAAAUGAAUUGGGGGCUGAUCCAAUUAGUUUGAGCAGACGCUAUUGUGAUGAGUUUCAUCAGGAUAUGGUGCAUCUUCACUGCCUGCCUCCUUCUGUGGAACCUCGUGUCUCUGAGCACAUGCCCCAAAUUAUCAGUAUGAUUGAGCAGAUUCUUGACAAAGGGUACGCCUACAGACUUGAUGGGGAUGUAUACUUCUCAGUGGAAAAAAUUUCAGAAUACGGACAAUUAUCAGGGAGAAAAUUAGAAGAUAAUCGAGCAGGCGAGCGGGUGGCAGUGGACACUAGGAAGAAAAAUCCAGCCGAUUUUGCUUUAUGGAAAUCUGCAAAGCAAGGAGAGCCCUUUUGGGAGAGUCCCUGGGGUCCUGGGAGACCUGGAUGGCAUAUUGAAUGCAGUGCCAUGAGUGCUGCUUAUUUAGGUUACUCUUUUGACAUACAUGGUGGAGGGAUGGAUCUUAUUUUUCCCCACCAUGAAAAUGAAAUUGCUCAGAGUUGUGCAGCAUGUGACCAGAGUAAUAUAAGCUACUGGAUACACAAUGGAUUUGUCACUAUUGACUCUCAGAAAAUGUCCAAAUCACUGGGAAACUUCUUCACAAUUCGGCAGGUUAUAGAGCUAUAUCAUCCACUAGCUUUGAGACUUUUCUUGAUUGGGACACACUAUCGGUCUCCAAUAAACUACUCUGAUGUACAGCUUGAAAGUGCAUCUGACCGUGUUUUUUACAUGUAUCAGACCUUACAAGACUGUGAAGAUGUUCUGAGCCAGCAUGAUGAAGCAAAUUUGAAGCGCUCCAUUCCUCCGGAUACCAUGGAUUGCAUUAAUAAAUUUCACAAUGAAGUUUUGACUUCAAUGUUGGAUGAUCUUCACACUCCUGUUGUUUUGGCUGCCCUGUCUGAUCCUUUGAAAACCGUUAAUGAUUUGCUUCAUACUCGCAAGGGGAAGAAGAAAGAAUUGCGAAUAGAAUCACUUGCAGCUCUAGAAAACACAAUAAAAAAUGUUCUGAUUAUUCUAGGACUCAUGCCAGCAAGUUACUCUGAGGCUCUGCAGCAGUUGAGGGACAUGGCAUUGAAACGUGCUAAGUUGACUGAAGAACAAGUUCUUCAAAAAAUUGAAGAAAGGACCACGGCAAGAAAGAACAAAGAGUACGAGAAAUCAGAUACAAUUAGGAAAGAUUUGGCUGCUGCGGGAAUUGCUCUCAUGGACAGCCCAGAAGGUACAACUUGGAGACCAGCUGUUCCACUUGCCUUGCAAGAAUAAUAGGUUUUAAGAACGUGAAUGGGCGGGCAGUUUUCAUCGUAAUUUAGCAGUCUCUUACUGUAUUAAACAGUCCAGACAAUUUAUUCUCGCAAAGAAAAUUUAAAAUGUGAGGUAAAUUCGCUGGGUGCGGUUUGUUUAUAUGCAGUUUGAGUGGACAUAGAAGAGUAAAUGGGUUGAAAAUUUAGUUGACACAUGGUGAAAUGUUUGGUCAGGCUAUGUUACAGUUUUUAUUUUACCCCUUUUUUCUAUUGAGAUUAUACACUUAAUUUUUUCUUGUCUUAUUCUUUAUUGGUAAUUUUUUCUUCUCUUGUUCUUGUAAGUGA